AUGGAAAUAAAUUCGGUCAAUUAUAAUGAGUGCUUAUGGUCAUAUUACAUUUUGGAAAUGAAACGAUUUACCAAUUGUUGCAUAGACAAAUCUUUUACAGAGUCUUUUGUAAUGAUUGUAUUUUACAUAGGUAUCACAUCAGCAUCUUGGAUGAAAGUGACGAUCUUACGACCAACAACUUUAAAAUUAAUUCAUUUUCACAACGAACCGUUAUGGCCUAAAAAAUUGAAAGAAGUAAUCAGACAAUGUUGCAAAGUUUUCCCGAGUUUCAUCAACGAACAGGAAGAAGCAUCACUUUUGAAUGAAAUCAAUCCACAUAUGAGACGAAUGCGUUACGAGAAAUCACAUUGGGAUGAUGUAAUGCGACAUUUUCAUUUUGUUACUAAAUGGCCCUUUUUGAUUAUGUUAAUGAGUACCCACUAUGCAUUCCCUAUAUACAAAGAUAUUCAGGCUAUUCACCUUUAUCGUGAACGUGAGCAGCUGAAUUGGCGACAGGAAAAUGAAGUUAUUUUAGAUCGAAUACGGAAACAGUCUUUCGAAAAAGAUGCAAAGCAUCAUUCAUUUGUUCACAUUCUUGAUUUGCACGAAGAUGGUUUUAUCAAGCCUCACAUUGAUAGUGUUCGGUACUGUGGUGAUGUCAUUACUGGUGUUUGUUUGCUAUCAGAUGCUGUAAUGCGUCUAAAGCAUAAAAAUCAGACGCAAGAACUCAUUCUCGACUUAUUUCUGCAGCGGCGAUCACUCUAUAGAAUUGGUGAAAUCAGUCGUUACGAAUUUUAUCACGAAAUACUUGGGAAAGCAGAAUCUUACUUUAUGGGUUAUCCAGUCCCACGAAGUCGUCGAAUAUCUAUAAUAUGUCGUGAUUUGCCACGUUGCGUGCAAAAAGAUCAGCUACAAGCCACCGAGGAAAAGCGGCAAUUACUGCUACAAGAUGAAUGUGGUAACGCUUCCUAG